AAAUUCAAAGGAAGCUGCUGCAAAAAUUUCAGUGUGCUAAAUAUAUUCCGACAACGAUGGCAUCGACUUUGAAGAAUCAUAAGACGGCUGCAGCCGCCGCUGCAGCAACAGCCGGUGCAGCUGGUGCAGGAAAGGGCAGCUUCGGAUGGCUGGCCCACGUGAAAUAUGAACAUCUAAUGGCUGGCAUUUCCGGUGGAGUCACAUCGACACUUCUUUUACAUCCUCUGGAUCUGAUAAAGAUCCGCUUUGCCGUUAAUGAUGGACGAACGGCAUCGGUACCACAGUAUCGCGGAUUGACCAGCGCAUUCCUGACCAUUUUCAGACAGGAAGGCUUUCGUGGACUGUACAAAGGAGUCACCCCUAACAUGUGGGGCUCUGGCAGUGCUUGGGGAUUUUAUUUCAUGUUCUACAACACGAUUAAGACAUACAUACAGGAUGGAAAUACUGCCCAACCCCUAGGACCGACGCUCCACAUGCUGGCAGCAGCUGAAGCAGGCGUUCUAACGCUUGCCAUGACCAAUCCAAUUUGGGUGGUAAAGACGCGACUGUGUCUGCAGUGUAAUGAGCGUGUUACGGCAGGUGACGGUACCGGAUAUGCCGGUAUGGUUGAUGGUCUUAAAAAAAUCUACCGCACCGAGGGUAUUCGAGGGCUCUACAGGGGAUUCGUACCGGGAAUGUUUGGUGUAUCACAUGGAGCACUCCAGUUCAUGACAUACGAAGAAAUGAAAAACAAAUACAAUCAACACCGUAAACGACCGAUCGACUCUAAACUGACGACAUCAGAAUACUUGACGUUUGCUGCCGUAUCCAAGCUGAUUGCAGCCGCCGGCACUUACCCUUACCAAGUAAUCCGGGCACGCCUGCAGGAUCAAAACCAUAGCUAUAAGGGCACCUGGGAUUGUGUUAAGCUGACAUGGAGAUAUGAAUCGUGGCGCGGAUUCUAUAAAGGUCUCGGUCCGAACCUGACCCGGGUCAUCCCGGCGACGAUGGUUACGUUUGUUACGUACGAAAAUGUAUCACACUAUCUAUUGGAUAGGAGCAAGGUCAGGAGCAUUACGCAGUAAAAAUGAGAAAGUGGUCCUUUUUUUCUACUUAGUUCGAUUCAAGUGGUUAA